AUGAAGUAUCAAGUUCAGUAUAGAGCACCAUCUCCUCCGCCUGCCGGAGUAACAAGGACUCCUGAGGAAAUAGAAGCUGAGAUGAAGAAAGUCGAAGCACAAUACGAAAAAUUAGCACUAGUAUCAAUAGAUCUCUCCGAAGACGUGAUGUGGUCCGAGCCACCUGUCAUCUGUCAAUGGCAAGAGUCAAGAAAACUGUGGACGUCAAAUUAUGUCAAUGAUUACAAGUUUAAUGAAGAUAAAUUGACAGUACAAUUCAGAACCGGUGUUCUAUGGCCGAUUGGGAUUGCCGUGUUGAGAUAUGGCAAUCUUCCUUACCAAGGAUGGGAUAUUAGACCAGAUUCCAAAAGUAAAGGAGUUAUAAUAAAUGUGACCGGUGCGUGUGUGACUGUCACAUUUCUAUGUGUCGGGAAUUCUGUUAAAUUGAAAUGGAUAGCGAAUGCAACUACUCCAGCGUUAAAAGAACAUUUCGAUAAGCCCUACAGCGUCAAGAAAAUGGUUCAGAUAAUGCGUGAAGCUGCUUGCGAUUUCUUUCCUGACUUCGACGGGCAUAACCACGUUGAAGGAUCAUGCCCUAAAGAGUGGGUCAGUGAGAGGCAUAACUAUCACGCUAUGGCAUUCCUGUCUCGAGCUUAUAACUUCCAAUGGAGCAGGUGGAACGCAGCAGCCGGCAGUCGUAAUAUUAUAAUGCAAUUUCGUGAGGCUGUUGAUAAGAAAAGGGAGGCUAAAUUCCAUUUAUUGCGUGUGACGCCGCAGAGAGCUACUGUACUCAAAUGCAUUGAGUUGACACCGGAAUUCAACAUGGACGCCAUGACGGGAUUUCCGUUUUAUCCCGAUCUUUUCACUCUGAACAUGUCAUACGGCUCGGUAGACGCUAGAAGAACGACUUUUAAUAUGAAAUUCAGACUUGUCGAGACAGUUUUUGAUCUGUUGCAAGAACUUAAACUAUGCAGCUACUCGUGA